AAAGCAAAGUUGGGAAUGGGAUGGUGCUCAGCUUGCGGACUGAGUCUUGGAUCGGUUUCGUGGGGCGGCUGGGAGCCCCGAGGGUGUGGGCCCUGGAGGGAGACCGGGCCUGUGGAGGAAGGCGGGACUUGCAGCGGUCUGAAGCUAGGGGAAGGGGCUGGAAGGGGCUUACUCUCAAUUUUGCGUAAAUUGAAAAGUGCACCAGACCAGGAGGUGAGACUCCUUCUCCUGGGUUUGGAUAAUGCUGGCAAGACUACGCUUCUGAAGCAGCUUGCAUCUGAGGACAUCAGCCACAUCACACCUACACAGGGCUUUAACAUCAAAAGUGUACAAUCACAAGGUUUUAAACUGAACGUAUGGGACAUUGGUGGACAAAGGAAAAUCAGACCAUACUGGAGGAAUUAUUUUGAAAACACUGAUAUUCUUAUAUAUGUAAUUGACAGUGCAGACAGAAAAAGAUUUGAAGAGACGGGCCAGGAACUAGCUGAAUUACUGGAGGAAGAAAAGCUAAGUUGUGUUCCAGUGCUCAUCUUUGCUAAUAAGCAGGAUUUGCUCACGGCAGCCCCUGCCUCUGAAAUUGCAGAAGGACUGAACCUGCACACCAUCCGUGACCGAGUCUGGCAGAUCCAGUCUUGCUCAGCUCUCACAGGAGAGGGCAUUCAGGACGGCAUGAACUGGGUCUGCAAAAAUGUCAUUGCAAAGAAGAAAUAAAAUCUAGACGAAUGGAGAUGCAGGAGCUUCGGGAGCUGAAUUCUGUCCUGAAAAACACUAAUUUGCUGCUUUCUGACCAAAUGUUUUUCCAUCUGUGUACAGCUACAGCUGUUUGAAGAGAGGGUACAACACAGUUUAAAAAGAAUCCCUAUUCCAGCAGUAGAUUUAACUGAUCUCUGAGGUUCAGUAUCAUUUUUCAAAUAAAGGAAUUAUAUUAUUUCCUCUGCAUAAUUGAAAUAGUAUUAAAUGUCUCAAAGCACAUGAUUAGAAAAUGAGAUCUUUUAAAUGAGCAAGAGAUUGCAUUGCAGUUCAGACAAUUCCAGUGGGCUUUUUUUUCUUCUUUCAAAAAAAAAAAGAAAAGGAAAAGAGAAAGAAGCAGCUUAUGCUGCGUUCAUUUAUUUACUGACCUGUCCCUUGCUCUCCCCAUGGUUUUGGAAGCACGGACAGUGUUUGCUGGUGCUGGUCAGUGAUUUUUACCAUCAACAACUGAGCCAGGGCUGCAUUCCGUCCAGAGGGAAGCUGCUGGGGGGAAGGGAGGAAGAGCAGAUGAUUAAACCAUCUUGUCAUGCAGGUAGGAGACUGUGUGUGUAAUCCUCACCCUUUAGAGAGGAAAAAAAAAUCCUUUCUUGCAAACAAGUCACCACAUAAACAUGGCCCAUCCCAACCCCCCAGCCAGCUAUACCGGGAAGCAAAUUCUUAUGACUUUUGACUAUAAUGACAUCUGGAAUGUAAGGAGAGGUGGGAGGUUUAAUUCCAGAAAAAUUACAAGGUCCUUAGAAAGCCCUCACAUGGAGGGCUCGGGCCAGCGUAAACAGGCUUUCUCCAGUUCAGUGGAGCAGGGAGCAGCCGACUCUGAGAUUAGCUGGCUUCUGCGCGGCAGUCCUAUAGAAGGGAUUUCUAAAGCUCAAAGAAUUCUGUGUUUAAAUGAUCACAAUAGGCCGUUGCUAUCAGAUUUUUAAAAUAAAUGCAGCUUACCCAUGAACCUGCUCCACUGAGAAAAGGCAGGCAGAUCGAUUUUUUCAAGAUCAAUUUUUACAACGCUGGCAACUUGGGGGUGUGGGAAGCUCAUAGGCGGAGAGGGUUUGCUGCUGGGAAGAAGGUGUGUGAUUGCAGGGGCCACUCCCAGGGAAGCCAGAGUCACCCCAGCUGCCCAUCUCCCCUGCCUCUCUCCAGCAAAAUGUGUCCUCUGUUGAUUGAUUGGAGAGGACUGGAAGGAGACUUCUCCCGCCCCGUGUUGCAAAAAGAGCUUGUUUUCCUGAGUCUUAAGAAAUCCCUAGCUUCAAGCAUGAAAGCUGGCCAGAGCAUCACCCAGCUCCUGAAUUGAACUCUGUUCUGGUGCCUGAGCCGAGGGGUUUUCAGAGAAUGAAUAAGAGACUGUCCAGUGGCUGGCUGGUGGGCCUCAGGAGGCCAGCUGCCUUCUCAUCCCAGGAGGUGGCCCUUCCCAAACCCACUCAGGCCUGUGAGCAGAGGGGGGGCCACUCCAGCCCCGGCCGUCUCUGCCCAGCUUUUCUGGACAAAGUUGUGCAGGUGAAGCUGAAGCAUGUGCAGCCUCAACGGCGUGCUGGGCUGGAAGUCAUUCCUGCCAACAUGAAAAGCUGCGCCGGGGGUGCUGUGGGCAGACCUGUAAGGGCUUGUAAAACAAAAGGAGGUGAGGGUUUUCCAAACCACUGAGCUACCUGCUUCCUGCUACCUCCUCCUCUGGCUUCCUUGUCUCCCCCAGGGCCUCUCCCACUUUGAACAAAGGAAAACAGAAUCGCAGGAAACCAAAAUCCCCCUGCCAUCCAGCUGGAAAUGUGGCUCUAGGGCUUGAAAAUGGGUUUUCCCUCCAAAUAGGGCACCAGGGAUGCGAGCUGAAGGGCAGCGGCCUGCUUUGAGGUCUGUGAUUUUGGAACAAUGUGAUAGGAACUUUGGCAGUGGAUAGUCUGUAAAAUACUUUGGUUUUUUUGCCACCAACUUAGGGAACUCUUUGCAAGAGUCCUCCCCAGGCCUGGGCCAGCAGGCAGAAGCCACUCCCCUCCUCUGAUAACAGCCUCUCUGAACCUUCACAUUUGCUUUUCAGCUAAAGAUAGAGUGACAUGGUAGAUGUCACAAGCUUUCAUCUUCCCUUUGAACCCUGCUGGACCCUCCUGGGGGCUCAUGGGGUAGAUGAGAGAUGCCUGAAAAAUGCAGACUUUAAAAGCUCCCAUUUGUAAAAACAAAAUACUCCUAAAGUCCCCUUUCCUCUCCGCAGCCCCACUCCCACCCCCGGGGCCAUGACCAGAAGAUAGAAUUUGAAGCUAGAAAGGGGAUACCCAGUCUCCCAUCCUCCCGCCCCCAGUGUGUCUGGGUGAGACUUGCUCUGUGCACCUCUGCAUCUGAAUGUGCAAGGGAGAGGGCUGGGGGGCACCAAGGCCCGGGUCCGGGGCCCCAGGAUGUGUGAUCAGACCAGUUGUGAGAAAAACUCCCUUCCCCUCCUACUGACCUUCCCUGUGCAGCUCCUCCUGGCUGGAUCCCCGAGCCCAAUGCAACACACCCUUUCCCCUUCACUCUCCCCUGGUUACUAUGGAAACAAGGGUGUCAUUGAUGUGGGCUGAGCCGGGGAACAUGUCGGGCGGGCGCAAAGCUGAAAGUCAGCGAUUAUGCCGGUGGGUACAAAUGUGUGGGGAGAAAGAAGUCCACAGGUCCCGAGACUGCUGGAAGGACACAGUCCUGCCCCCUCCCUUCCUCCUCUCCUCUCUAUCCCGGCUUUUGACAAAUUUCUUUAUUCCCCUCUGGGCUAAAGCGGUGGCUAUUUUUGUGUCACUCUGUGCCUCACCCUCACUGUGGGCCGCUCCUUAUCCGGACCUGCCCUGGAGGGUGACACCAUGUCAGCCUCUCCAGGACUCGUCCCUUGAUUCCCGUCAGAGUUUGCUUUGAUUUCUCUUUCCUUCUCAGGGGCAAGUUCUUACUUCCUUUUAUUUUUAGCUCUGCACUCCAUGUGGUUUCAGGGUUCAGUCUGAUCCAUCGAAAGUUUCUUUUUAUAUAGUCCCUUUUGAAAAUGAUAAAGAAAUGGACGUGGUAUUUGGUCAUGUGGGAAACUCACUGUAUAAUUUAGAUGUCUGUCAAAAAUCCAACAAAUAAAAUUUAGCUGAAAUGAA